AUGACCAUCCCCCUUGGAGACCAGUUCUUUGUGGAAAAAGAACGUAACAUUCGGUACGAGUUUCUUGCCAUGAUGGUGAGUUUCCUCCUUCCCAUGAUCCACGGUAUCCUAUUCAGCUGGAUUCCAUACUACCUUCGAACCAAAAGGUCUGAAAAAUCCCUAAAUCACCAUGGCUACUGGACGCUAAUGAGGCACUACGCCAACUUUACGAAAAUCUUCAAAAUCGUCAUCUUCAAACACGCCUUUUUCGUGCAACCAGCGAUGCUUGUACUGAUAGCCAUUCACCUAGGCUUAAAUGCUGUUCUUUGUGUUGUUGGAACCAAAGAAAUCGACUACGAACCUCAGUACUAUGUUGUUUCCAAGAGAAUAGGCCGUAUAGCCGUGGGAAACCUUCCAGCGAUUCUUCUUUUCGUGGCCAAGAACGACUUUGUUUCUACAGUAAGUGGGCUUGAUUUGGAUAAGUCGGUUUUCUUCCACAAAUGGCUUGGACGGUUUAUGUUUAUUGCUGUGACGAUCCAUAUGGCGCUUUCGCUUGAAUACUGGCUUUCGUUGAAGUUCUAUAUCAUGAUCCAGAUCCCUCCCCAGAUCUUCGGCAUGAUUUCGUAUGCUUGUUUGGGCAUGUUGACGUUUGCAUCUUUCAAAUUCAUCAGAAACUUUGCUUUCGACUUCUUUUUAGCCCAGCAUCGUGUUUUCAACUUUAUUAUGCUUCUUUUGGCGUUUUUCCAUAAUGGAGGCAACAAAGCUGCCGUUCUUUUGGCUGUGCACAUGUUGGUUUUGGACAGAAUCACGUCCAGAGUGUUGGGAAUCGUCACCAAGCGCAGAGGACCCACCAAAGGCAAAUCUGAGUUUGAAAUCUUGGACGAAACGACCAUCAGAAUCUCCAUUCCAGUGGAAAUCAAAGACCAUGACCAGGACCGCUGGUGGUGGUUCCUUGUGCCUCGUUACGGUGGCUGGAGAGCUGGCCAGCACGUUUACUUGAAUGUGACGAAAGUGAGUCUUUUCCAGUACCAUCCAUUCACCAUUGCCAGUUUGCCAGAUUCCGGAAAACAGGUUAUUGUGCUUAAGGUGAUGAAGGGAUUCACCAAGGGCCUUUUGAAGAAAUUGCAUAAAUUGAACGAAACUGAAGAUCCAGAGAAUUCUGCUGAGGUUGAUUCAGUGAGCUCCAGAGCUUCAGGCAUCAGUUCCCCUAACCUGACGACUUCCCUUGCCAGCGAACAAAAACUCAUGGAGGCCGUGGAAAACGACGAUGUCCUUAAACCACAAGUCCAGGAACUCAAGAAUAUUCUUGAUCUGUUCACGGCACCACGCAUUUUCACCAUGAAAGCAGGUGUAAACGGGCCUUACGGUGCCAAGUACCAGCCAUUGACGAAAUUCGAAACCGUUCUCUUCUUCAGUGCCGGUUCUGGAGCUGCUUUCACGCUUCCAGUCGCCUUGGACCUUCUCAAGAAGCUCAAGCAGCGUGACGAGGCUGGCGACUACAUGUACAGACCAGAACACACCAAGGUGAAGAUUAUUCUUUGCAUGAAGAAGAAGGCCAACCUCCAGUGGUUCGACCAUCUUUGGGAAGAGUUCCUCCCGUUCUUCAACGAAGGCAGAGCCCAUUUGGCUCUUCAUGUUACCCUGGAACAGCCAGAGAAGGUGUUUGAAGUGAAAGAAAAGGAAAAAGAGAGCAAAAACGAAACCCACGAGCAAACCUUCAUCAGGCAAGAACUGCGUGGCUCUUCUUCAGCUUCUUUACAAGACUGGAGUGGUUAUUCGGUCACCCACGGCCGUCCACAGUUUGACGAUAUCAUUACAGACGCAGCCACCGAGCUUCGUGAUCCAAACUACAGAAGAGCCAUGGCCUGUGUGGGAUGUGGACCCGAAUUGUUCAAUGGCGAGAUCACUUUGAGUUGCCAGAAGAACAGAAAGGUUAAGGACGCUCCAGAUGUGUACUGCUACACGGAGUCGUUUGGAUGA